AUGGCUCAUUCAAUAUUCUCAUGCAUCAUUACUGUUUUUAAAUUAACACAGACUGAGCACAUUCCGCCUUAUGAUGUGGUACCGUCCAUGAGACCUGUUGUGUUGGUGGGCCCAUCGUUGAAAGGUUAUGAGGUUACAGACAUGAUGCAGAAAGCUCUCUUUGACUUCCUGAAGCACCGGUUUGAUGGAAGGAUAUCAAUUACACGGGUGACAGCUGACAUAUCCUUGGCCAAGCGUUCAGUCCUAACUAAUCCCAGUAAGAGGACAAUAAUGGAGCGUUCCAACACUCGGUCCAGUAUAGCUGAAGUACAGAGUGAAAUUGAAAGAAUCUUCGAAUUGGCCAGAACUUUACAGUUGGUCGUUUUAGAUGCAGACACCAUUAAUCAUCCUGCGCAGCUCAUUAAGACUUCUCUAGCACCAAUCAUUGUUCAUGUCAAAGUUUCUUCUCCAAAGGUGCUGCAGAGGUUGAUUAAAUCCAGGGGAAAGUCGCAGAGUAAAAACCUCAAUGUCCAGUUGGUAGCAGCCGAUAAACUGGCACAAUGCCCUCCAGAAAUGUUUGAUGUUAUCCUGGAUGAAAAUCAGUUGGAGGAUGCAUGUGAGCAUUUGGCAGAAUACCUUGAAACAUAUUGGCGUGCGACACACAUUCCCAGCAGCGCACCACUGAAUCCUUUGCUGGGCCGAAACCUAGGUAGUACCGCACUGUCAACAUAUCCUUCAGCUAUCUCUGGGUUGCAGUCUCAACAGGGCCAGCGGAUGAGCAACAGCAAUCACUCUGGUGAACACUUACCUGAAAGAACACGCCUGGUGCACUCUGAUGAAAAUGGUCACAAUGACAGGGCACGGAAGAACCGUAACCGCUUGUCUUCAGGUUCCCAGCACAGCCGAGGCCAAUACCCACUCAUGGAGGAGGAAUAUUCUGAUCCCUAUCAGGACACAUACAAAUCAAGAAGGAGUCAUGGAUCACCAGGAGGCCACAGCCACGAUUCUCAGCACAGGCUAUGA